AUUUUAAACUCCUUUCUUGUAUUUAAUUUUAUUUUUGACCAAUGAGAUGCAAGUAAUCCCGUUGCUUCAAGCCUACAUUUAUCAGAAAAAAUAUUUUUUUGGCGAUUUAGUGAUUUUGUUAAAAAGAAAAUGGAAGAAGUUGAGGAGGGCAGUGUGCAAGUACCACUCUCAGUACAGGAAGAACUCAAUGUGCAGCUUGUAAAUGGACAAAUCUAUGCAAAUACGUGUAGCAUUCAGGUUGCGGACGGUAGCCAGCUUCCAAUCCAGAUAUCCCUUGAUCCGACCCAACAUAAUUAUAGUGCCCCAAUACCAAUGGAACAUGUAGUUAUACAGUCUGAGGACACAUCAACCAAUAGGAUCUUAAUUACACAGCCUAGAAGUCUGAAACAAGAAAUAAAUGAAUACAACGAUGAUUCGGACACAGAUGUUAAUGAUAAAGUUAUGUCCGGAACUUCUAUGGAACCACCUGUUAACCUGAAAGAAGAAAAUGUGUCUGAAGAUCUGAUCCCAGAUAGACUCAGUCAAAGUAUUUAUCACCAUGACUAUAUCGGAACCAUUCCAGUUAUUCAAAGACCAAUGUCUGUCAGUAACAGCGAUCAAGUUUCCACGCCGCUCAAUGAUCACGAAAGUGGUCUUGUUAUUGAAGAGGCGGUUGAGGAAGAAAUCAGUACGUCUCAGAGUCUUGACGAUGAGGAGGAAAUAGUGCGUAGUAAACCACUCACUGCCAUGUAUCUUCAGCGAAAGGAUAUUUAUAUUCCAAGUCAUAGGGAAAGGAGAAUUAGUACACCAACAAAAUCUCCCGGUAGCUCUAAGUUUACGUUAAAGCCAUCGUCUUCAAGGAAUUUAGACAUUGAUGAUCUAAAUUCAUACGAUGAUAUUUAUAGAAUGAGGCAGACGUAUAACGAUCCUGUCAGUGUUUACCAUCCAAAUACCGGUGAAAUUCAUUUCAAAAUGGAGCCAGUGUUUGAUGUUGAACGAAAGUCUCCUUCUAAAAGAUCUGUUGAGGCAAUUCUAGCUGCUUCAGAAACUAUUAAGAAUCAAGAUAUUGCUUCAGAAGUAGAAAUAGGGACAUACGAAGUUGAAGUUAGCCCAACUAGUAAAAGAGGCAGGAAAAAGAAAGAACGGAAAGGUGGCAUUGAUGAUGACAUUGAACAAAUCAGGAAAGCAGCAAAAGAUGUAGCAUAUACGCUUAAAGGUAUGAAUAAGAAAAAAGAUGGUAGAAAAAGAAAGAAACCCAGAAUACGUCUAACAUUAACAAAAUCAAAAAGUCGGCAAAGUCAGCCGAUGUCAUUUUCAGAAGAGGGCAUUGAAUAUGAAAGUUCCAGUUCAGCUAGUCCAAAGAAACGUGGCAGGAAAAGAAAAGGUGUUCAAGAAACACCAAAUAUUAUCUACCAGUGUGAAUAUUGCGAGAAACAAUUCAAAACGAGGGAGAAAGUGCGGAUUCAUACAAAGAUUCACACGGAGGAACGAGCCUUCGGUUGUGAUAUUUGUGGCUCUCAGUACCGCAGACGAGAGCAUUUAGUAAGGCAUUAUCGGCGACACACAAAUGAACGCCCUUACCGAUGUCUUGAGUGCGGUAAAUCCUACAUGAGAGCGGAACAUCUAAAACGUCAUAGUUACGACCACAGUGGAGAGAAACCUUUUGAAUGCCCUGUCUGUCCAAGAGCUUUUACUCGACAUGAUAGACUGAUUAAACACUCACUAGUACAUGAUAAAUAGGACCAUUUAGAUAUUAUUCAGAAAUUGUAAAGUAACUUAAACCUCGUUGUGACUUGUAGGUUUUAUAAAUUUAUUUAUUAAAACUGAACUUAAUUCUCUUUAUGACAUGAAGAUUUUAUAAAUUUAUCUAUUCAAACAGUUACACAAAGUGUUGUUAAGAGAUAGAUUUUAUUUUUUCACUGACUUAUAGAAGUUUUUAGAUCUGUUUGUUGUAAUGUCAGAAAGCUUUUCAUAAAUCUUACCAGCUUUAUUAGUUA